CGUGGUGUUCUUCUUGGUUUGGAUACAGUUAUCUGCUUCCAAAAAGACCACAAGCUUGGCCAACACAGAAUUAAACACUUAAACAUUUACAAACAUAAGGAAGAUCUUUAUUCUAAGGGGACUCAGUAGGUUUGGACCCAGUAUAACCUUGAUUCACAGUCAGUAUGGUUGAAAUGGCUAACAUGCUUACCCUUCAAAAACUGACCUUAAGGCUGAGACCAAGGAUAUUCACCAUGCCGUGCAUGCUCACUGGUUUAAAGGUAAAGGCUGUGGUGGCUGGACCAGCCUUGUGCUCACCCCUAACAUCUCACACCUCGUUUGGUCUCACUGGUGGCUUUAUAGCACUGCUGUCUUUGUGGGGGUCACCAAAAUGGAACUGAUCCCACAGUGGGAUUUCAUCAUAGCAGCUCUGUGGAACACAGGUAUUGACUCAAUAAGACCAAGAGCAGGCACAACAGAGCAUAAAAAUGAAAAUACAUUCCAGCCUGCAAAGUAAGCAAGUUAACAUAAAUGUGAGGAAAAAUAAAACAAGCAAACAGGCUAACAGAGCUCCUGGAGAAGGCUGGCAUUUACACUGAUAAUCCUGUGUAGAUCAUUGCCCCCAGAUCCCAAGCAGGGUGCUUUGUGAUUACUCAUUCCCUUGCUAUCAGGAUCACUUGUAAUCUAGCCACCUGCUUGUUUGGGCAGACUCAGAAAUGCUGAUGCAAUCCACCUCAAUGAAGUACAGCUGUUCAAUGAUGCAUUUGUAGUGCAGUUUUCUGUCUAGAUUUCUACUGUUUAUCUGACUUCAUCUCUACCCAUAAAUCUGAUUUUUUUUAAUCACUACAAAGCACAUAUGUUCUUUACCUUUUUCACAUCACUUGGCAGUCUGAAGAGGCUUAUGUGAUUUGGAACUGCUUACUUCUGCUACUUCUUUCCCUCUCUUUCAUCUAGCAAACAGGGCCCUAUACAGUCACGAUUCCCCAUUCAAAACAGGGAUACCUGUCUUCCAGGCUAUGAGUUCACAGUUCUCAGGGCUGUUGUGCUAUACCAGGGGCUGCAGUCAAAUGAUACUGGCCUUAAGACAUCCUUCUGAACAGCUGAUACUUCACAACAUCCUGACUUGCCCCACACAAUAAGACCAAGAACACUGAACAACUCAGUAUAAACAACAGAAACAUUUGCACACAUGAAAACUCAAAGUUUCUUUCUGAUAACCAGUAUAAUCCCCAAGCACUGAAGGGCAUGGUUGUGACUGCCAGAAGGACUGCUUGCUGAUCUGAGCAGUAACUGGUAUAACCUGCCAAUUCCUUACAUCAGUCAAUGUCGCCUUCCUUUCUUUAGACCUGUCAAUCCAGUUCUUUACCUUGGAAAAGUUGCUGCUGUCUCCUUGAAGUAUGACCCCACGAGAUCACAUGAGAAAAAUGUCUAUCCUGGGGGAACAGGGAGCACUGGAAGAAAAGCACCUGUAUCGUCUAGCAAGUGGCAUGGCAGCAGGAGAACUGCGGCAGCGACAAGAGAUGCUCAUGAGGAACCAGCUGAUGGCAGUGAACCCUCAGCUGAUGGGCACAGCCCAGCAGAGAAUGCAGGCAAUGCCCUCCCAGUUCGAGCCUCGCCUGGUAGACAGAGAUUUGUUACCUUCAACUGAAAUGACGGCCACAGCCGACCCGAGACAAAUUCAUAUCGCGUCGCACCUCGGGCCCACAGUCCCACAGCACAGCAGCAUGCCCAACCUGCUGUCCAACCGCAUCUACCCAGGCCCAGGAUAUGGCUUUCUCCAACCAGAAUCCAUGGAAGCUGUGGCCAGAAGACAGGAACUGGUUCAGAAGCAAAAUAUUGCCAGAAUGGAGAUGGAGAUGAGCGCUAUUUUUCAGCAAAAAGAAAUGGAGAAAGCUCAUCGGAAAGGACUGCUGAGCCUGGAAGCACCUUUCCUUUACCACGGGAUGCCAGCCAGUCCCAUUGCUUUCCGUGGCAGGCACAGGCUGCCUGAAGGACACCUUCCCAGUGACUUAUACGUUCAUCGUACCACCCUCGAUGACAUCCAUGGUAACACCAUGCUGAUGGCCACCAGCCCGUACCCCCCCGUCAGCACCCUGCAAAGGGAGAGGGGCCGCCGGCCGGGGAGGAGAGCUGCAAACCACAAAGCUGCAGACUGCGGGGCCAACGGCACCAAGAGCCAAGCUGAAGACAAAAGUACAGACCCCGCUUCCACUGCGGUAGAUGAUGAGAAAGAAGACAAGAAAGAGGCAGAGGUGGAGACGCCAAACAAACACGAACAAAGCAAGAACCAGGUGGAGCCGUCAGCAGUUGCCAAAAACUGCAAAGAGUUGGAGCAAGACUUGAGAAAAAACUGUGCUAAUCACGAAAUUUCUGCUGAACCCAACAGCUGCAACAACACAAGUGAGAAGGAGCCUAAUAGCUCCUGUGCUGCUUUUGAUGACAAGUACAUGUACCCGUCUGCCAUCCCGUUCUCAGCACUACCAUAUGGAUUUCCAGUUCCCAGCAACCCACUGCUACCUCCAGGUUUGUCAGCACAUGGCCUGAUCCUGAAUGGAGAAGACAUUUCCACCAUUGAAGACAUCCGCAAGUGGACGGUUGAUGAUGUGUACAACUUCAUCAUUAGCCUCCCAGGCUGCUCCGAUUAUGCCCAGAUAUUCAAAGACCACGCUAUCGAUGGAGAAACCCUCCCACUGCUAACAGAGGAACAUCUCCUAGAUACCAUGGGAUUAAAACUCGGGCCAGCAUUAAAAAUCCGCUCCCAGGUGUCUCGACGUCUGGGCAAUGUGUUCUACAUGAUGAACCUUCCCCUGUCUGUGUCCCUGCCUCCUGCUCCAGGCAAACACCCAGAGCAGCCCUCUGACAUCACCUCUCCUCUUCGCUGCAACAGCAGCGGUGAUGCACUGGACAGCCCCUGCUCACAGGGCCUGGAGACUUCAAAAACAGUGGAACAGAUUGUUUCAGAAAGCAGGGAUCAUCCGUGUGAUGCAGACGGACCACAGGCUGACUUCCAGAUGAUCACUUUUCAGAAGAGUUGAGCUGGGCCCAAGAUGUAAAAUGUUUCUAAUAAUACAGGAGCCUUCAGUUACCAGGUGUUUGAGAGGGUGGCUGCAGCCUGAAACCUCUGCAUGGGAUUGGGACUGAAUGAAAUCAGCUGCAUUGUGGUAUCUGAAAAGCACUUAAAAACACAGGACUACAUAUUAGUGCAAUUACUUUCAAGUGCAAUUCAUUGAAUAGGGUAUCAGUACAAUUAACACUGCUGAAAUCUGUCAGAGGCUCGGAGUGCACUCGGUACAGUUGUGCAGGCUGCUGAGGAACUACCAGGAAAAGCUACAGCCCAUUGCCAGGGUUGGAAUCUGCUUUGUGUGACUGCAUAGGCGAGCUGAGCUCAGAACAAAGCAGAAGCAGACUGCUGGGAAGACCAGCUGCAGUGAGAGCCACAUCCUGGAGGCAGCAGCUCAAAGCAGCCUUCCCCUCUGCUCACCUGGGCAAGCCAUGGAGGUCUUUCCUCAGCAGCAUACUCAGCAUUCUUCAUAAGAUGAAAAGUGCUUUCUGCUUACUCCUGCUACUGAUGGUUAAGUAUCUCACAGCAAACAUGAGUGGAGUUUUUAGCUAGGGAAAAUUCCCCAGCAUUCCAUAAUGAACCCUGUGUGAAUUAUCUUUAUUCCCUCAUUAGUGGUUUUGUCACAGGCUGCUCUUGCACUGAGGAAUUGGAACUGUCCUCCACCCUCCUCUGAUGAAAACUUGACUCUGAAGUGCACACAAAUAGUUUUGAGAAAACUAAGUAAACUGAGUGCUGGUCGAUUGGUGAUCUGCUGUAUAUUCCCACUUUAGAUUCCCUCUCCUUUGAUUAGUUUCUGCGGCCACACGAAAACCUCUUAAAAACCAAGAGGUGCACUGCUGUGUAGAUGGUGAGUGUCCAAAUGCACGAGGACGAACGUUCUUGUAUUUUAAACUGUGGGCACCUGUUUUUCUGCUUCAGCCUGAGAAAAAAUAUUUUAUUAUUUUUGAUACUGUAAAUCAAAUAUUUGUGCAGUAGAUGAGAUGAGAUUAGAAGUUAGCAACAGUAACUUUCAGUGUUCAUCUGACUGUGCUGUCCGAAUUUCGUAGCCUUGAGAGGAGUGGCAGAUACCUCUCAUGUUCCUUUCCUGAAACAGCAAAGUCUUGCUAUAAGACUUCAGCAUGACUCUGCUUUGCUGAAAACUCUGCCACCACCACCAGUUACAGCAGUGCUGGGCUCUGUGCUUAUAUCUUCAGAUACUGCAAGUAGGGUUCAUGUUUCCAGGUUUCACUGAUGAAUUCUAGUUAGGCCCAAAGGAAAAGUGUGAAUUGCUAUACAACAAAAUACUCCAAAGAUGCAGACAGGCCCUAAGGUGAUCUCCUAAGUGAGGUGCUGACAUUUAUGCCUGUGAUCUGGUGAAAUUAAUGAGAGUCUUUCCAUUACUGUAAGAGUCCGAUUUAUGUCUUAUGUAUCAUCUAUGAGCAUCUUUCAUACAAGGAACUGUUUAUUGGAUACUUAAUAAUAUCCAGAAAAAGAGAAUUAUAAUCUGAAACUGGAAAGCCUAGAUAUAAUUCCAAGACUGUCUAAAAAACAACAGCAGAAAUAAUCUUGGAAUGGCCAUUAGUUUGAUGUUUGCUUUGUCUCAGUGAAUUUCAGAGUGUUAACAUCUGUUCUCUUCAAUAUUUUUUCUGUUUUUCCAAGAUUCUAAAAUUCAGCAAGGUGGACAGAAGAGUUUUAUAAUAAUUUGAUAAUAAAAAAUGUUUACUUUUGCAGAUUCUGGAUAAAGCACAAUUAUCACUGUAAAGAAGUCACAGUCUGGUUGUAAUGUUUUCACAUGCUAUUCUAAUAUGUAAUGUCUCAGAUUACUGACACCAGAAGUUUCCUUUCACAGUAGGUUCAACUCCUGUGAUUU